AAUUUAUUGGUGCCUUGAAUACCGCCUCAUCGAAUUUACAAUUAUAUGAUAUGGAUGGUAUCACUUAUCCUGAUGUUGGUUGUAACGCUUCCUUAGUUAGUCAAAGUGGCAACACUUCUUUAAUUGGUAAUAGUGACGACACUUAUUUUGAUAUUGGUUGCAAUACACCCUUAGUUAGUAAUAGCGGUGGUGCUUACGAUGAUAGUAUUUUCAGCAAUGGUUAUGAUAUUGAUCGUCUCUUUGAAAUUGAAUCUUUCAGUAAUGUUGAUAAUGAUACUUAUCUCAAUAAUAAAUAUUUGGCUGAAGGAGCUAAUGAAUAUGAUGAACAUGAGGAUCAAGAAAAUGAAUUAGCUUU